AUAUCACCGACCAGGCUUGGGAUGUACUGUGGAGACACUCGCACGAUUCGAGAAGGACAUGAAGCGGACCAACACCGGGUUCCUGGCGAUAGCAACAGAGGUGGAGAAUGACGGAGAGAAAGCCUCAGAAACUCCAGAAAAAAUCAAGGAAUUACUGAAGGAGUUCCAAGACAUUCUUCCUGACGAUCUUCCGAACGAGCUACCGCCAUACCGAACGCAUCAACACGAGAUCGUGGAGGAACCGGGUUCGAAAACAACUUUCCGAUCACCAUACCGGCUCAGCCCUAUGGAGCUGACUGGCAUGAAAAAACAAAUCGAGUAUCUCCUAGCCAAAGGACUCAUCCGGCCAUCCACUUCACCAUACGGUGCCCCAGUACUCUUCACCCCGAAACCGGACGGAAGCCUACGCAUGUGCAUCGACUACCGAGCUCUUAACAAACAGACCAUCAAGAAUAAAUAUCCGAUACCGCGAAUCGAUGACCUGCUUGACCAGCUCCGGGGAGCUACGGUAUUUUCCAAACUGGAUCUGCGGUCCGGAUACUGGCAGAUACGGAUGGCGGACAACUCUAUCCACAAAACUGCUUUUCGAACUCGGUACGGAUCGUACGAGUAUUUGGUAAUGCCGUUCGGACUCACCAACGCGCCGGCAACGUUCCAAGCCGAAAUGAACCACAUUCUACGACCACUUCUGGACGAAUGCGUGGUGGUGUACCUAGACGACAUACUCAUCUACUCGCGCGACAUGAAGCAGCAUGUCGAACACCUGCGACGCGUCUUCGAAAUUCUUCGACGGGAACGAUUCUACGUCAAACUGUCCAAGAGCGAAUUCGCCAUUGAAAAAGUCCAGUUCCUAGGGCACAUGGUGAGCGCUCAAGGAGUUCACGUCGACCCCAAGAAAAUCGAGGCCGUACGCACGUGGAAGACACCCGAGAACGAGAAGGAGUUGCAGCAGUUCCUAGGCUUCGCUAAUUACUACAACAGGUUCGUGCCACACUAUGCGAAAAUCGCAGCACCACUCACGAAUCUGCUGCAGAAGAACACGCCCUAUGAAUGGGAACCAAAGCACCAGGAAGCCGUGGAGCAGCUGAAACAAGCACUCACGACCGCACCGGUACUCAUCUUGCCAGAUCCCGAACGCGACUACGUAAUCGAAGCUGACGCCAGCGACCAGGCAGUGGGGGCAGUCUUAAUGCAAGACCAGGGGAAUGGACUGCAACCAAUCACCUACCUCAGCAAGAAGCUACACGGAGCAGAACUAAACUACCCGAUACACGACAAAGAGGCCCUUGCCAUCGUCAUCGCCUUUAAAGCGAUCACAAAAAUCUGGGUACCCAAUUACCCUCCUUUGCGCCAGUUACUACUCGAAGAAUACCACGACGUCCUGUACGCCGGACACUUCGGUAGCAACAAGACGCUGACCGGUAUCGCAAAGCACUACUACUGGCCCCACUUAGCAGAAGAUGUCCAGAAAUUCGUCACCUCGUGUGAUACAUGUCAGCGGAUGAAGAGCAGCAAGCAGAAAAAGGCGGGACUACUGCAGCCUCUUCCUGUCCCAGAACAACCAUGGCAAGUGGUCAGCCUCGACUUCAUCACCGGGUUACCACCUACCACCAGCAGUCAUGACGCCAUCCUUGUCGUCAUUGACAAGUUCUUCAAAAUGGGACACUUCAUCCCGACACACACGACGGCACGCACCGAGGAGACAGCACAGCUCUUCGUUCGUCACAUCAUCUCACAGCAUGGCAUCCCAACCACACUCAUUUCCGACCGAGACCCCAAGUUCACCAGCAAGUUCUGGAAGGAACUUAUGUCUCUUCUCGGGACCAAACUCGCCAUGUCAUCCGCAUACCAUCCGCAGACAGACGGACAGACCGAGCGCCUCAACCAAAUUGUUGAGCAACUCCUCCGAGCAGCCUGCAAGGACGACAUCUCCAAAUGGGACUUUCACCUGCCCGUACUAGAGUUUGCUUACAACAAUGCUACGCAUGCCGCUACUGGACAGACGCCGUUCUUCCUCUGCUACGGACGCCACCCACUCACACCACAGAAACCAACAACAUCCGCUACAGUACAACCUGCACAUGAUUUCAUCACAACCAUGCAUCAGCUUUGGGAUCGGACCCAUAAGCGCCUCCUCGACAUUCAACAGCAACAAAAACGCCAGGCCGAUCGCCAUCGCAACGACCACACCAUCACGGUGGGAGACCAAGUGCUUCUUUUCACCCGCAACCUGGACAUCAGCCACCUCCCAUCUAAACUUCGACCUCGCUUUUGCGGGCCUUUUCUCGUUGACGCACAGGUCACCCCUGUUACCUUCCGCUUACGCCUGCCAGCUACCUGGAAGAUUCACAACGCCUUCCAUGUCCAACUUCUGAAGCCCUACCGGGAUCCGAACACGAUCUUCGUCGGACGCCAACCACCGCCGCCGCCGCCCGUCCUCGUCCACAAUGAACCGGAGUACGAGGUCGAGUCCGUGCUAGCACACCGCCGACGUCGGAAUGGCACCAUGGAGCUUCUCAUCCGUUGGAAGGGUUAUGAUUCUUCUGAGGACAGCUGGGUCCCUGAGUCCGACAUGGGUAACGCCCGUCGCCCUCUGCAUGACUACCUUGUCAAGCAGGCACCAGACGACCCGACUCCACCACCACCCCCUCCCGCACCCCCGCCUCCUCCGCCGCGCCCAACCUUGGGGCGGCGGCCCUUCCCCGAACGAAACUGCGCUGCAGCAGCAGUCUCAGCCACAGCGGCAGAGCCGUCGGAGAA